AUGCACAACGACUCUCACAACAAUCACCAGACAAACGGACAUACUAUCCACCAGACAAAUGGUCACUUUCACCCACCACCACCUUCCCAAUCUCAUAAAUCGGCAGCUUCCUCUCAACCAAAGGAGACAGUUUCUGUCAUUGGUAUACCCUCUGUUUCUAUACAGAAUGGAAAACUCCAAGUCGGAGACUCUCGUUCCAGUUCACAUCGCUCGUAUACACCAAUCAAGACCCUGGGCGACGGUUCUUUUGGAACAGUCUUGCUGUGUGAUUGGCAUGGGACGCUACCGCCCAAUACACCACUCUCUCCUAUGCAAUGCGGUGGCGGCGCUAGACCAGAAUGGGCCGGAAAGCGUCUUGUCGCCGUCAAGAGGAUGAAAAAGAAGUGGGAAGGGGGUUGGGAUGAAUGUAAAAGGCUAAAGGAGCUUGAAUCAUUACGCGCAAUACCAUUUCACCCUUGCAUUAUUCCACUCUAUGAUUUCUUUCUCCUCCCCGAUACUAAGGAGCUCUAUUUCGUCUUCGAAUCCAUGGAAGGGAAUUUAUAUCAUCUGAUAAAGGCGCGAAAAGGCCGUACUCUUGCUGGUGGCCUUGUUGCUUCUAUUUUUCGCCAGAUCGUUUCGGGUUUACACCACAUUCAUUCUUCGGGUUAUUUCCAUCGUGAUAUGAAGCCCGAGAAUGUUCUCGUUACAACAACGGGUCUCUUCGAAUAUCGUUCACUAUCUCCGGUAGUCCCUCCCAAUGCACCUACGGAGAAGGAUGUCGUCGCGAUCAUCAAGUUAGCCGAUUUUGGGCUUGCGAGGGAGACGCUCAGUCCACCGCCAUACACGGAAUACGUCUCAACCCGUUGGUAUCGAGCUCCAGAGGUGUUGCUUCUCAGUCGAGAUUACUCGAAUCCAGUGGAUAUGUGGGCUCUUGGUACGAUCAUGGCUGAGUUAGUCAACCUUCGACCGUUAUUUCCAGGAUCCGGCCAAAUAGACCAAAUACAUCGCAUAUGCGAGGUUCUCGGGGAUCCUGCAGACCAUGGAACAGAUGUCCGCGGUAGAUCCCUCGGUGGUGGCAAAUGGAGCAGAGGACUCAAGAUGGCGAAACAAUUUAAUUUCACUUUUCCAAAGAGCACUCCUCGGGACUUCUCUUCAUAUUUCGACCGCAGUAUCCCUCGCAAACUUAUUGAUUGUAUAUCGGACUUACUAAAGUAUGAUCCUGAUAGUCGUCUUACGAGUCGACAGUGUCUCGAACACCCAUACCUUAUUGAGGCUCUACCAGGGAAUGUCCCCCCAAUGCCUCCUGCUCUUCACACACAGACUCUGCCACCAACGCCAUCGAGAUCAGUUUCGAACGGCAUAUAUCAUAUUACUCCCUCUGCUUCACCACGCAGCAUUCCUCCAUCACAUUCACAUCACUCCGUCCCGAAAUCACCCUACCAUCAACCCCCAAGCCUGCACCCGUCACAUAUACCCGAUGCUUCCUCCUCCCAUCGCUCCGCAUUCGUCCCUUCCUUCGUUACGUCAACUAUUCACACACCUACCUCACAUAAAACGGCAGAAUAUGCCGUUGAUCCACGCAUACAUUCGCAUUCGCAUUACUCGGACAUUCCAGAAGAAGUACGCGCUCAAGGAGGCGCGUCCUCUCCAUGGGCUAGUCACGCACGGAGUGACUCCGAUCAGAUGGAGGUAUCCUCUCCACAGGCAGAGACCCUUCUCGAUGCUUACCACGCUGGCUAUCCGAUGGAAGUACAAUCUUCACCGAUGGUACCGGAGUACCAGACUCGUCCCCGCGUCGAACCCGACCAUCCGAUGCCUGCCCACGAUGCCACUCAAUCGCCGAGCAUCAAACUCAGCAGCAAGCUGCACUUCAGCCUUGGCAAGAAGCCCUCUAAAUGGGGUCUUUCCAUGUUUGGACACGGAGAGAAGGUCCAUCAGCAACUUCCUCCCGUCGACGAAGUACCGGGUGCGUCUUCCAACUCAACGCCGUCGCUCAAGCGUACACAAUCUACGAGCUCGGAUAGUCCGUCAUUGGCAGAGUUACAGCCUAUGAACGGCUCAGCUCGUAAAAAUGCCAAAGCUAUCAAGAAGGAGGCCGAGCGACAAUUGCGCGAAGCGGAAAAGCAGCGCCGCGCAAUGGCAGAACGGACGCAGAGGGAGCAGGCUCGUGCGGUCAUGCAAAAGCGCAGCCAGAUGUAUAUGCAAACUACUUCGCGGAACGAGUUGGAGUGGAUGUGGCAAACGCAUGCCAGUUUGCUAAAUUCCCAUCAGCGAGGAACGCCCUUCGACGAGAUGGAGAAGAGCAAGGUGUCUGCUUCUGGUCCUAUUCGACAGAAGGAGACCCAAGGGAGUGCGAAGGUGUCAUCUCCGACGUUGAACGCUGCUUCAGGUCGAUAUAUCAACCCUAUUGACGGCACGCUGGCUCCCAAUGACCGAUGGGGGUUACGUGAUGAGCGUUUGUCCAAAGUUCGACGAAGAGACUUUGAUGACGAUCAUUCCAUGUCUUCAUCAGACGUUCACAGCUUAAGCCGAAUGUCUGCCAUCUCGUUCGCUACAGUCGAUAGUGACCCUGGCCCGUCACGGACACGAAGACCAACGCUGUAUGGAAUCAACCGAAUGACGUCCGCUUCCUCACUACGCACGGGCACGACGUCCUUUGAUGAUUUCCCCACUUCUGCUCGGUCAUCGAACUCAAUCUCUCUGGACCACCAGUUCAACGACUUCUGCAUACGUGCCUCUGUUGAUACCACAUCUUCUGCAUCAGGAGCUUCCUCACCUCCGCCUCUAAAUCUCCUUUCUCUAUCACCAUCACCACGGCCGUGGAUCCGUACUGAUUCUACCAGUCCACAACACUCGUCAUAUAUGGUUCCUCCGAUGAUAAGAUAUCCUUCGUCUUCUCAUAAGUCAUAUGAAUGUAACGGGCAGUUGUAUGGUCACCCUCCAAGUCCAGGGAUAGACCCUCAAUCUGUCAUAAAUCCGAUAUUCAAAGUGACUCCAUUACCAACAUCGCCCAGUGAUCAUUUAUCAUCACCACAUUCUCUCCCCCCAUUUUCUCAACUGGAGGCAGUUGCAGAAGGGGAAUAUCCUCCAUUAUCGCCCAUGUCCUUCCAUUCGCCGGAAGAUGACUGA